AUGACCUGCUCAGCGUUUGGGGAGGACGGCGCCGUAUCAGGGUGCUUUCUUAACCUGUGCUCAGCAGUGCUUUCUGGCGGCGUUUUGCCGUUUUUGUGGGCCCGUAUCAGGAAACAGGAACCAAGCAAGCUGCAGUUCAGAGGCACAAUGGGCCUGUUGGUUGUAGCCUUCUGCUUUUCGCUGGACCUCUCAAUUGCCUCUCUCUUGACGGCUGCCACUAGUAUCUCGACUAUCUAUUUACUUUCUCGGCUAACUUUCAAAUCAAAGUUUGUGCCUGGCGAGAUUUUGUGGUUUUGGUUGUUCCAAACCUUAAUUGCGUUUGUUCGGGUGUUGGCGUCGCUUGCAGGUAUUCGUCAAGUUAUCGGUGCUUUGGCUGCAACAGCUCUUUUGUUGAAAUGCUAUUACCAUAUAUCGAAGAAAGCCAAUGCUUUUGAGGAGUCAAAUAUAUUCCAGGUGCUUUCUGUGGACUACUUGACUGUCCUUUUACGAGCAGCCAAACAGCGCCAGUUGGAUCGGACCGAUCUACCAUCCAGGCCCCCGUAUUUGAACUCUGUUAAUGCAUGCCAAAAACUCAUUGAGAGUCUCCAUGGAUUCAGCAUAGAUGGAAAGUAUCGUGUUUUCUGGGCACUUCUUACCAGCCUAAGGUACCACAUUAUAUCUAUCCUUGUACUCAAUGUCGCAGCGAACUUUGUGACGUAUCUGCGUCCGCUUGUGCUUGCAAAAUUUUUGACCAGUUUACAGUCUUAUAGCGAUGGUGGUACGCUAACGCCAACUAUGACCUUUGCAGUAAUGCUUGCGGCAACCCAGCUUUGCGACUUGGCGCUCCGGUCACUGGGAAUGCUUGUAUCAAACAUUGCAUUUACCACGUCCCGUGCAUCGUUGAUGGGUGUGAUCUACCGCAAAUCAUUAAAUUUGUCCUCAGCGGCUAGAGAGUCAAAUGAGCCAGCAAAGAUCAUGAACCUUCUCAAUGUCGACACCGCCAUGAUUGAGGCUGUGUACGCGAAUAUUUCAACUUUGGUUUCAGCCCCGCUAGGGCUUCUUAUUUGUAUUUGGCAAUUGUACCACUUUUUGGGCAUAUCCACAGUUGCGGCGAUUCCCAUUUACCUACUGUUCAUCCCCUAUUCGAGUUGGCAUACCCGCAAAAUGUAUCGCAGGUUCCCCGAGACAAUGGCUGCCAAAGAUAAGCGUACAAAGGCUACUUGGGGCAUAUUCCGCAACAUAAAGUCGCUAAAGCUAUAUGCCUGGGAAGCUCCGUAUUUCGAUAAGGUUGCAGAAGCUCGCCAGAACGAGCUGGCAAUUGUAUCAAAAUACCGGUGGCUUAACUCGAUGAUGAGCUCAAUUUCAAUCAUGCUGGAUGACUUUGUCGCGACUGCUAUUUUCUUGGCGUACCUCUAUUACACCCACAAAGCACUCACACCCCAGGUUGUGUUCCCUGUUUUAUCUUUGCUAGCCUCCUUGUCCGAGCCGUUGCUAGCACUUCCAAGAGCUGUUACGAGCUUAGGGCGAGCAUUGACUGCACAGCACCGUAUAAAUGACUUUUUGGGUCUGUCUGAACAGGAUACUUCAAACUAUGAGAGACUCAUCGCCGUCCCGCAUAAUGAUUUCGUGACCCCAUCUAUCGUCAUUAAAGACAUGUCGUGCACUUGGGGUGACGUAGACGGUAGCAUAGCUCUUGAGAAUAUAAACCUGGAACUUAGGCGUGGUGAUCUUUGUUGUAUUCUCGGAAGAGUUGGGCAAGGCAAAACAGCGCUGUUGCGGGCUGUCUGUUCGCAAAUGGCGAUUACGAAGGGCUCGAUCACAGUCGCAGGAAGGCUAGCGUACUGCUCACAAGAACCCUGGCUACAAUUCAAAACUAUUAGAGAAAACAUUCUUUUUGGACUAGAGUACGAACCCGAAGUAUACGACCGGGUUCUCUCUGCUUGUGAGUUACUGCGUGACUUGGAUGCAUUGCCUAGAGGUGAUAUGACAGAAAUUGGCGAGAAAGGUAUUGUGCUGUCUGGUGGUCAAAAGGCACGCGUAGCGCUAGCUCGCGCAGUAUACAAUCGCGCAGACGUUUACGUUUUAGACGAUGUUCUAUCGGCCGUUGAUGAGCAUGUUUCCCGCAAGCUGAUUGAUAACUUACUUGCGUCGGAUGGCUUAUUGGCAGGUAAAACUGUCGUUCUGGGAACAAAUAAUCUCAAGGUGCUCUCGCAUGCUUCUCAGAUUGUAAUUCUGGCCGAAAACUCCAUAAAAUGUUGUGGCCCUCCAAACUCGAUUGAAAACAUAUCUGAACUCCUCAGUGAAGUGUCUGAUCAGCCCAUGGAUAAUAUUUCAUUCACGGACCGGCGAAAAGUACUUGAACCUCCCAAGGAGUCCAAGACACCUCGCACCGCGCAACUGCUUUACAUCCCCAAUCGCAAGGAGGAAAAAGAUGUCGACAUCAAUUUCUCGGUUGUUUUUGGAAGGUAUUUCGCAUCUGCAGGAAAAAUGAUAGCCAUCCUUGCCAUUGCACUUUUGUUCCUUUCUGUUUUGUCAAAAAAUUUGAUCAUGGUUUGGCUGACCGUUUGGUCAGAUAAAAACUUGAGCGGCCUCAAAGCGUCUGAGUUCUAUGUGCUUGUAUACUUGACAUUGUCGGUUAUAACUGGCCUAGCAGUUUUCUUUUCUAUCUACUGGUUCAAUGGUACGAUGGCAAUUAAAGCUUCUGUUGUUCUACAUAAUAGCAUGCUCGCCAGCACCAUUCGUGCUCCAUUGUUGUUUUUCGAAACCACUCCGCUUGGCACAAUUAUGAAUCGAUUCACAGGAGAUGUUGAUAAAAUUGACAACUCGUUGCCGGAUGCUCUCUAUUCUUUUAGUCGAUCUUUCACUAAUAUCGUCGUAAGCUUUGCGAUUAUGAUUGUGGGAGCUCCAUUCGUUUUGAUCGUCUUAGUACCUCUGCUCUUGCUUUAUAACUCCUACCGGACUCUUUAUUUCCCUGGGUCACGGCAGUUACAAAGAAUGGGAGCCGCAUCUCGAAGCCCAAUUUUGAGCCAUAUUGAAGAAAGCAUCAAAGGCGUUCACACCAUCAAAAGUUUUGACCAGAUUGAUCAAUUCGUUGGCAUCUACGAGCUUCGCAGUGAUUACUGGAUGCAUGUAUUGUUUUCGCGUUCGUCUUUACGUCGAUGGCUCAACUGGAGAAUUUCGUGGAUGACAGCGGUCAUGACACUGGCUAGUGCUCUUUGUGUCACUGCAAUCGUUUCUUUCACAUCCUGGAAAGUUGGUCUGGCUGGUAUCGUUUUGCACAGCACUCAACGGGGUGGUAUGAUGUUAUCUCGUAUUAUCCAGGGCUGGACGAACGUUGAGAUGUCAUCUGUGGCUGUCGAGCGAGUACUUUCUUAUAUUGAUCUCCAGCCUGAAGCACAAGAAUUUGGGCCAACCGACCCCCCUGAUCACUGGCCCCAUCUUGGCGAGGUGGAAUUAAAGAACUACAGUACCAGGUAUCGACCAGAGCUGCCUCUCGCUUUGAAAUCUGUCAAUCUGAAACUGCGCAGCAGAGAGAAAAUUGGAGUUGUCGGAAGGACUGGAUCUGGUAAAAGCACUAUGACACUGGCACUUUUCCGUAUUUUGGAGGCGGUCGAAGGUAGCAUUGAGGUUGAUUCUCUGAAUAUUAGGCAAGUUGGGUUGCAUGAUCUUAGAAGCAGGCUUUCCAUCAUUCCCCAAGAUGCCCAAAUUUUCGCCGGUACCCUCCGCAUGAACCUGGAUCCCAUUGGGCAGGCUACUGACCAAAAACUAUGGGACAUUUUGGGGCUGUGCCACCUGAAGGAAAAUUUUUCUCGAACACCCGGUGGAUUGGAUACACUGCUUUCCGAGGGUGGUGAAAACCUCAGCAGAGGCCAGGCACAGCUUAUCUGUCUUGGCCGUGCUUUGCUACAUGAUACGCAUGUGCUGUUGCUAGAUGAGGCUACAGCGUCGGUCGAUGUCGCUACUGAUCAACUCGUCCAGAGCACAAUUCGCACUGUUUUCAAUGACCGUACGAUCAUCACAAUUGCUCAUCGGAUCGACACAAUUCGAGACAGCGACCGGAUAGUUGUUAUGGAUAAUGGAACUAUUGCGGAGAUUGGCACUCCCGACGAGCUUAUUGCCAAGAAAGGUGCCUUUUACUCACUUUUGAACGCACCCAACCGAAUCGAAAUGUAA